GAGAGAAGUAAUGUGGUGGUGCUGAAGCGGUGCAGUGUGUCAGGUGACAGACAGCGUGAGUCAGAGGCUCCUGAUUCGGAUCUGAAGUAAAGCCGGAGCGGCGGCGUGUGGCGGCGGAGAGCGGAGCGGGAGGGAGAGAUGCGGACUGUGGAGCGGGGUCAUGGCGAUCGUCGGUUCGUUGCUGAAGCUGCUGCAGCGGCAGACCUACACCUGCCUGUCCCACCGCUACGGGCUCUACCUGUGCUUCGGGGGACUCGUGCUCAUGAUCGUGUCAGCAUUCCAGUUCGGGGAGGUGGUCCUGGAGUGGAGUCGGGAUCAGUACCACGUCCUGUUUGACUCCUAUAGAGACAAUGUCGCUGGGAAAUCCUUCCAGACCAGGUUGUGUUUGCCCAUGCCCAUAGACGUGGUGUACACGUGGGUGAACGGUAGUGAUACUGAGCUCCUGAAGGACCUCCAUACGUUCAAACUCCAGCUGGAAGAGGAGCAGAGAAAGCGAAGAGAGAUGCUGGGGCAGAACUCGAGUGACUCCACUGAGGCACCUAAAAGAAGGUUCGAGUGCCUUCUGUCGCACUGCAUCGUGGGUCCGGUUGUAGUGUUGGACCCGGCGUUGUCCCCUAAUGUCACCGUGAAGGAGCUGGCAUCCAAAUCCGCUGUUCUCUCCUCCACCCAGCAGGUUCUGCACAUCGCAAAACCUCUCCAGCCAUCCAGCAGGGUGACUGUGCUUGUGUUCCACUCGCAGGGCAAAGCGGAUAAAGCUCUCUCUGAAACGCAGAAGAACUUCCCGAAACACUCCGUCUCCAAAGCCUAUCUGACGACAGAUAAAGACGCUCCAGGUCUGGUGAGGAUUCAGACCCUGGCCUUUUUGAAAGGCUUCCCGUCCUUCUUCAAGGACUCUGAUCAGCUGAGGGGCAAACUACCGUCGAUGGUUACAAGCAAAAUCAAGCAGCUUCAGCUGUACUCUGAGGCCAGCAUCGCACUCCUGCACCUGAACAAGGCUCAGGACUUCACAAACCUCCAACAGCAGGUCAGGAAGAACCUAACUUUGGCCGGUAAAGAGCUCAGCAUCAGUUCUGUGUACCUGUUCUGGGACAUCAGUGCAGUCUCACAGACGAAGCGGGACGAGGAAGUUUCGGCUAGCCGCUUCGAGGACAACGAGGAGCUGCGCUAUUCGAUACGCUCAGUCGAGAGACAUGCCCCUUGGGUUCGACACAUCUUCAUCGUGACCAAUGGCCAGAUCCCUUCCUGGUUAAACCUGGACAACCCCCGUGUUACCGUGGUUACCCAUGAGGAUAUCUUUCAAAACCAGUCCCACCUGCCAACGUUUAGCUCUCCGGCCAUUGAAACGCACAUCCAUCGAAUUCCAGGCCUUUCGCAGAAGUUUAUCUACCUCAACGAUGAUGUGCUUUUUGGCAAAGACGUCUGGCCCGAUGAUUUCUACAGUCAUUCAAAAGGCCAGAAGGUGUACCUGACAUGGCCUGUUCCGAACUGUGCCGAUGGCUGCCCAGGCUCCUGGAUCAAAGAUGGCUACUGUGACAAGACCUGCAAUAAUUCUGCCUGUGAAUGGGACGGUGGAGAUUGUCAAAGUAGAGCAGGCGGCGGGCGGUUUGGAGGCCCCGGGGGAGGGGCGAGAGUAGUGGAUCGGCCGUGGCAAUUUGCUGGAGAUUUAGGAGGUCUGGGAGGGGUGUCUUUCUGCAAUCAAGGCUGCGCCAACUCGUGGUUGGCGGAUAAGUUCUGUGACCAGGCGUGCAACGUUCUGAGCUGCGGUUUUGACGUCGGAGACUGUGGAACGGAUCACUUCAAUAAGCUGCACCACGUCGUUCUGCAGAGGAACCAGACACUGUAUACGCUGCCUCAAGGUGAGCUCCGUCCAUACUUCACCUUUUCGUCUCUGGCUGAUCGUGUUUCCGAGGCAUCGGUCAGCGACAACCCUGUGGUGCGCCACACGUCCAUCACCAACAAGUGGAAAACAAUGCACCUUCUUCUGUUCGAUGGCUACAACGCCACCCAAAUCCACUACAACCUCACCUUCCAGGGUGACCAUGACUUCACCAUGAGCUUCACUGUAGCAGUGGACACUCGCAAGCUUCCUAAGCUGAAUGUAACCGUCAGUGCAACAGUGCAGGGGAAAACGGAUAACAGCUCCAAGCCCAUUAAGGCAAAACAUGAACCAGUGUUUGUGUUCUCAGACGUCCCAGUCGAGAAGCAAGGGCCCAAAGUGCAAAAACGGCCCCCUGAACAGAUUGAGGUGGUUCCUGCACUAAACAUAUCUCUUUUGCCCAAGGAUGUGAAGCAAGAGCUGCAGAAUCUGGAUGAGAAGCUUCUUCUAGGGGACAUCACUGAAAAAGGUUACAAUUUGACCAAAGGUAAACUACUGAAGGCAUUUUUUCAGCAAGGUGGGACUUCUAAACUUCAGGAGGCAGCAAUGAAAUCCGAAGCCAGUCCGAGUCAGAAAAACCAAAGCAAACCAGAAUUUGGAGGUACUCUCGUCCCUGUUAAGAUCGACAGUGCACCUCUUAAAGAGCUUCCACAAGCUACGGGCACAGAGAUGAUUCCUACCUCCAAACUGCUCGGUUCGCUAUUAGGGAACAAGCCCAAACAGCAGCUUCUCCAUGACGAUGGACCACACGUAGGCCGGAAGCUCCAAUACUACCCAGGGUUCGAAUGGAGCUUCCUGCCAUGGGAAAAGAGCAAAUAUUUUGAGGACAUUCUCAAGGAAGGCGAGCGUCUGGAGCGAGAGCUGCAGUAUCAAAGCGACGGCGCGGCAGCCGGACGGAGAUUGCAGGACACCUUCGCCGAUUCUCUCCGUCACGUUAACAGGCUUCUGAACGGCAUAUUUGGUUACACAUCUCGCAAGGUGCCUGCGCACAUGCCACACAUGAUCGACCGCCUCGUGAUGCAGGGGCUGCAGGACAUCUUUCCUGAAGAGUUCGAUAUGACUUCCAGCCAUCGUGUGCGCCACUCCGAGGACAUGCAGUUUGCCUUCUCUUAUUUCUACUAUCUGAUGAGCGCUCUGCAGCGGUACAACGUGUCGCAGGUCUUCGACGAGAUUGACACAGAUCGAUCGGGGGUGCUGUCAGACCGUGAAAUCCGUACACUCGCAACUCGCAUCCAUGAACUCCCACUCAGUCUACAGGACCUCACUGGAUUGGAGCAGAUGCUGAUAAACUGCUCCAAGUUUCUGCCCAGUUCUCAGACCAACCUCCACAUGGUAAACCCCACCCAGGAGACUUACUACGACCCCGGCAUGCCUCCAGUCACUAAGGGUUUGGUGAUUCACUGUAAACCUGUCGCAGAGAAAAUCCAGAGCGCCUUCAAGGACCAGAACAAAUACAAGUUCGAGAUCAUGGGAGAGGAGGAGAUUGCCUUUAAAAUGAUACGAACUAACGUGUCUCACGUGGUGGGCCAACUGGAUGACAUCCGGAAAAACCCAAGGAAGUUCAUCUGCCUUAACGACAACAUAGAUCACUUCCAUAAGGACGCCGGCACGGUGAAAGCCGUGCUGAAGGAUUUCUACGAGUCCAUGUUCCCGCUGCCCUCGCAGUUUGAGUUGCCGCGCGAGUACCGCAACCGUUUCCUCCACAUGGCAGAGCUGCAGGAGUGGCGGAUCUAUCGGAACAAGCUGAAGUUCUGGACUCACUGUGUCCUUGUCACUCUGGUCAUCUUCACCGUCCUGUCCUUCUUUGCGGAACAGCUGAUCGUGCUGAAGCGGUGGCUCUUCCCCAGACGCCGAGUCAGCAAGCAGACUGAACGUGUGUGACGCUAAGGGAGGAAGAAGAUUGUGGAUGGAGAGGCGAAUACACUCUAAAGUCCUGAAAGGUUGACGACGAACGCAGGGUUCUACUCAAACUUUUUCAGAAGGAGAAGGAAAAAUCUCUUGCCAAAGUUUAAUACGAGGAACCGAACUGCAUGCUUCCUCCAUGUGAGAGACAUCUAAGAGACGUGUGUGUGUGUGUGUCCUGACCUCAAACGCUCCAUUUUUUUGUGCGCUUACUGUCCUAAACUCACUGGAAGACUAUUGGUCAUCUUUAACGUCACACUUUUUUUUUCAAUCAUAAUCAGGAAUUGUAAUUGGGAUUCAGAUCAUUUUGUUGUUUCUUUGAAUCCGUCGCUCUUCGUCUCAACAUCCUGCACAACGGUGCCUUUUUUCUCUUUUCAACUCCUGCUCUAAGCGGGAAGUAAAACGCAAGGGAUCGUCUCUAAACGUCGUCACUUUCGACUUUUUUUAUUAUUAAUUAAUUAAUUUCCAUGUUAAGGAGGGCUCAAAAUAACGACAGUGCUGUAGUUUUCUGCGUUUCUCCUUUGACUUUAUUUUUUUUAAGACUCCUGGGCUUUAUUUUUAUUACACAAAAUGUGACAUUUUAAAAACAUCAUCAGUACAUCAGCAGCGCAUUGAGAGAAGAUCCGAAACAGCAGGUUUUUUUUUUUUCCCCUCAUUUGGAAAACAUUCAGGUUCAAAGGUUUUUUUUUUUUGGAGGACAAAAUGAUUUCUUCUGUUGGUAUUUUCAGGACAAGCAAGUUUGCGUUUGCACCAUCGUGUGACUUUUGCAUCCUUUUUCCUGCCGAGCUUCUGAAGAACCGAGAAAAAAAAAAACGAGUUUGUGAAAAAGUACAGAAGAAAAAGAACUUGUUGGUCAAAUGUAAAAAACUGAUUGCAAAGAUGCCAAGGUGUUUUUUUAUUUUUUAUAAUUUUCUUGCUGACAAUGUGUAAUGUAUCAAAAAAUGUCUGACAAGUUUAAAGGAUCUCCAUCAACAGCAACAACAACAAUCUACAACUGUUUAAUUCAUGCCUGAAGAUCUGCAUUCAGUGUCCACUUUAUUGGGCUCGUUUAUGCGGUUAUGCGGCGAGACGUUCAUGUGACUGCAGCACCACGUAGAACGUCAGGUCCAGAGCUUCACUUCAAGUUCACAUCGGAACAUGGAGAACAUCUGUUAGGAUCAGACACGAGUUUCUAGACCCCUCAAAUUAUCACUCUUUAGCACCAAGAUGAGCAGAAUAGCAUCGCAGGAACGAAUCUUGGUGUAGAUGAGCUUCAACAGCUGUAAACCACAUCAGGUUUCACAUCCAAACUGAACAGCUAAAGCUUAGAGAAAAAGAAAUCCUCUGGUCUAUUUUCCAGUCUUCACCAGUCCAGUAUGGAUGAUGGGAAAGGAACCUGACGUGGUUUCUUUUCCUGUUGUGGCUUAUUAAUUUAUAAACAUGAUGAUUGCUUGAGCUACUAUUGACUUCCUGUUACCUCAGGCUAAUCAGAUCGAUUCUUUUCUGACUUCUCUCACCCUCACGACUGCGUUUCGCUUAAGGUUUUAUUGUUUUGGAAUCGUUUGGGAAAACCCUAUGUUUGGCGUGAACGUCACCUGAAGCUCUGAUCCGUAUCUGGAGGAUGAUUGGCUGAUUUAGAUAACUGCACGAAUGAGCAGGUGUUCCUAAUAAAGUGGACGGCGACGGUACGUUCGAACGAGUAUGGAGAACUCGUAUGGUCGAGUUCUCUACAACUUUUUGUUUGUUUUCAAUAAAAGUCUUUUUUUUGGGGGGACGGAGAACAAAAUUAAAUUGGUUUAAAAAAUGAAUUGAAAUCGUAUUACUUUUCUAACGAACAUUGUAUAAAUCAAAUGCCUCAGGAAUUGUGAUUUUCUGCAUGAACAGACGGCUGAGAAUAAGACACGUGAUUUUAUACCAAAUGUGUGAUUUCCAUCGACGACUGAAUCGUCAGCGAGCGGUCACUGGGGCGUAGGACAGCGUUAUCAUGGAUGAAGCCACGCCCCUUUUGGAUGAUUGUGUAUAAUAAAAGUUUUUUUCUAUUUUAAAAUGA